AUGAUAGGUCGUGCAUCUAUCUACGUCCUUGCUGUGGCACUCAUAGUAUGUAUUUUGCCUUUGGUGUGUGCGGCCCGUGACUACUAUGAGGUGCUGGGGAUCGGCCGCCGCGCCUCGGAGCGUGAGAUCAAGUCGGCGUACCGCAAGCUGGCGCGUCAUAUGCACCCCGACAAGCAUCCUGACAAGGCGGAAGAGUUUAUGGAAGUCACCGAGGCAUACCAGACGCUCUCUGACAAGGAGUUGCGCUCGAUCUACGAUCGGUAUGGUGCGGAUGCGGCCAAGCAGCGGCAGGCCCAAAAAGACAAUGGCCAUUCAGGGGACCCCUUUGAUGUGUUCCGUCAGUUCUUUGGUGGCGGCGCAGCGUCCGAUCAGACGCCCAAAGGCCCAAGUAAGACGUACCAGGCGGAUGUGUCCCUGAGCGACCUGUAUAUGGGCCGCUCGUUUACCAUGUCGCACAGCCGCUAUGUCGUGUGCCCAGCCUGUUUCGGAUCCGGCGCGCAUUCCUCGGCGCACAUUCAUACGUGUUCCCAGUGCCAGGGCUCAGGCUCGCAAGUGAUUCGGCAGCAGCUAAUGCCGGGCUUUGUGACGAAUAUGCAAGUGACGUGCCCACACUGUCAUGGCGCUGGACGUACGAUUGCCAAGGUAUGCAGCAAGUGCCGUGGCGAAAAAGUCUUGGCGGAUACGACGGAGAUUGAGGUGGAAAUCGAGCCGGGUGCGAAGGAAGGGGCCGAGUAUGUGUUUGAAGGCAUGUCCGAUCAAAGUCCCGAUGUAGAUGCGGGCGAUGUGGUCGUGCGUGUCCAUUCUACGCCAAAGACAGGCGAUUUCCGCCGCGUGGGGCACCAUUUGUAUUAUACGAUUCUGUUAUCGCUUCGCGAUGCCCUCCUUGGCUUUGACCACUUUAUUACUCACUACGAUGGCCACAAAGUGCCUGUCGUGCGUUCGUCUGUGACGCAGCCUGGCUACGUCAUGCGCAUACCUGAGGAAGGGAUGCCGAUUCCCUACGACGAACGUGAGGCAGCGGGUGGGCAAGAGCAUGGCGACUUGUUUGUCGACUUUGUCGUGGUGCUUCCGGAGCUGAACGACGAGCAACGACGUGUCAUCGACCAACUCUGGGGGGUUCCGUCGCAUACCGAUUUAUAA